UUAGCGUCAUGCGGGAGCAAAGCGUACUCCUCUCGUGACGCUUCGGAGUACUUGAAUGCGUAAGAGUUCUGCUGAAUUAUGGUCUCUCAUUCAAUCGCUCUGCUACUGUUGUGGUCCGUGUUCAGAUUCGCAGCGUGGUGAUCGGAGUGAAGCCUCAGCAGCCAUGGAGCUGACUUGUAACGGUCCAGAAAUGUCUUUAUCAACCAUGAAGAGACUGUCGAUCUUGCAAGGCCAUUUGGAAUCGGGGAGUUCCGUUGCUUCUACAACGCUUGAAGCAUUCACUGUAUCAGCUGAAAUUGCACCGCAAUUUUCAGGGGGAGCAGGAAGUUUGACGAUUGUAGACAAUCGAACUGGGAAGAAGUACGAGAUUCCCAUCAGUGAAGGUGGGACAGUUAAGGCCACAGACUUCAAGAAGAUUACCGCUGGUGAGGAUGGAAAUGGACUCAGAUUAUUCGACCCAGGAUAUCUUAACACCGCACCAGUCCGUUCAAAAAUUUCAUACAUCGAUGGCGACAAGGGUAUAUUGAGAUAUCGAGGAUACCCUAUCGAGGAGCUUGCUGAAAAGAGUUCCUUCACUGAGGUUGCUUUUUUGUUAAUGUACGGAAAUUUACCGACGAAAUCUCAGUUGGCUGAUUGGGAGGCUUCUAUCUCCCAGCACUCUGCUGUUCCAGAAGGAGUGCUGGAAGUACUAGCUGCGCUGCCACAUGACGCUCAUCCCAUGGGAAUGUUGGUAGGAUCCAUUUGUGCUCUGUCUUCUUUCCAUCCAGAUGCCAACCCUGCCCUACAGGGUCAAGAUUUGUACAAGAACAAAGCUGUGAGAGACAAACAGAUCGUGCGCGUUCUAGGAAAGGUGCCAACGCUUGCAGCUGCCGCAUAUUUGCGAAUGGCUGGCAGACCACCAGUGUUGCCAUCGAACCAACUUUCGUAUGCGGAGAACUUUUUGUACAUGCUAGAUUCACUGGGUGAUAGGAAGUACAAACCUAAUCCAAGACUAGCCAGGGUUUUGGACAUACUUUUUAUAUUGCAUGCUGAACAUGAAAUGAACUGCUCUACAGCUGCUGCCCGUCAUCUUGCUUCGAGUGGAGUCGACGUUUACACAGCUUUAGCUGGAGCAACAGGUGCUCUUUAUGGGCCUCUGCAUGGUGGUGCUAAUGAGGCUGUGCUAAAGAUGCUGGCAGAAAUAGGCACUGUCGAGAACAUUCCUGAUUUUCUUGAGGGUGUAAAGAACAGGAAAAGGAAAAUGUCAGGUUUUGGUCACCGCGUUUACAAGAAUUAUGACCCUCGUGCCAAGGUGGUUCGGACAUUAGCAGAUGAAGUUUUCAAGAUUGUUGGCCGCGACCCACUUAUUGAGGUGGCAGUUGCUUUGGAGAAGGCUGCUCUUGCUGAUGAGUACUUUGUAAAGAGGAAACUGUACCCAAACGUUGACUUCUACUCUGGUGUUAUUUAUAGGGCACUCGGAUUCCCAACCGAGUUUUUCCCUGUACUUUUUGCGAUUCCCCGCAUGGCUGGAUAUCUUGCUCACUGGAAGGAAUCCCUCGAUGACCCUGACACCAAAAUUAUGCGUCCUCAGCAGUGGUACCAAGGAGAGUGGUUGCGCCAUUACACUCCUACCAACAACCGCACCAUGGCUGAAACCACCGAGAAACUGAGCAAAAUUUCAGUUUCAAACGCAACCAAGCGCAGAAUGGCGGGAGAAGUAUGAGGACGAAGCAUCCCUUAACGUUUCUUUUUUCUUUCAUCUUUUUGGAAGAGGCAUUGUGUUGAGUAGGGCCCAGGGGACCGAUGUUCAUUCUCCCUAGUUGCGAUUUACAGAAGUUCGAUCCAAUGCAGAGUACUUCAUGGAACACCCUCAUAAUCGGUUCUAGAGGGUUAUCAUAUUGUUAUUGGGGAAGCGAUGAAGUCUCAGUUGCAGGCUUGCUCAUGCUUCACAAAUAAUGUGCUAUACCAACAUUUUUUUGCAUUGAUUUCUCUAAAUCGUUGAUCUUAAGUAAUAAAGAGGCUGUUCUGGAGAGAA